UUCGCCACCGACGGCAGAGUCGUGAAACCCCAUCACCACACCGCUCGCCUCCGUUUCGGCCUCUGCAGGGUCUAAGCUGCUACAGAAGCUUUAACCUUAAGGGGGCCUCAGGGAGAGAGGAGUAGUGCUGCCGCCGCCGAGAGCUCUACCUCCGUGGCCCUGGGUCCUGGGCCCCGGUCUGUGGCGGUGAGCGGCGGCCGCCGGAGGCGAGCGGCGGCGGCAGCUUCGGCGGGCGGCCCGUCCGGGUCUCCCUCGCUCCGUGCGGGGCCCGGAGAGGGGAGCCGCCAUAUUGGAGCCGGAGCCGAAGGCGCCUUGGAGCGGCGGCGCGAGGCGGGUGGAGGUGGCGGCCCUGGCCUCGACCGGGGAGGAGUCGCCAGUGCUGCGGCCCGCGAGGCUGGGGAGUGAAUGAGCCGCUCGGGCUAGUCGCUUCCCCGCCCACUCUCUCCACUUUCUGCGGCGGGAGGUGGCCGCGGGAGCGGCGGCGGCGGCGGCGGCGGCAGGAUGUUCUCCAAGAAGCCGCACGGGGACGUGAAGAAGUCCACCCAGAAGGUGCUGGACACCAAGAAGGACGCGCUGACCCGCCUCAAGCACCUGCGCAUCGUCAUCGAGAAUGCAGAAUCUGUUGAUCUUAAACAAUUUUUUGACCAACAUUUUUCACAUAUAUACUAUGUGUUCUUUGAAAAUUUUGUGACCAUUGAAGCUAGUCUUAAACAGAAAGGUCACAAGUCUCAAAGGGAGGAAUUGGAUGCUAUACUUUUUAUUUUUGAGAAAAUAUUACAACUUCUUCCAGAAAGGAUUCAUCAGCGAUGGCAGUUUCAUAGUAUUGGAUUGAUUUUGAAGAAACUGCUUCACACAGGAAACUCUUUAAAGAUUAGGCGAGAAGGUGUUCGUCUUUUCCUGCUGUGGUUGCAAGCUCUUCAGAACAACUGCAGCAAAGAGCAGCUCUGGAUGUUCUCCUGCUUAAUUCCUGGAUUUUUAGCACCGCAGUCUGAACAUGGACCUCGAACUUUAGAUAAUCUCAUUAAUCCUCCACUCAACCUUCAAGAAACUCAAGUCACUAUAGAAGAAAUCACUCCUCUUGUUCCCCCACAAUCUGGAGAUAAAGGACAAGAAGAUCUCACAAGCUAUUUUCUUGAAGCACUUUUAAAAUAUAUAGUAAUUCAGGUGAAAAGUUUAGAAUGGAAGAACAAAGAAAACCAAGAAAGAGGAUUUUCAUUUCUGUUUUCACAUUUUAAAAAAUAUUACUUACCCUACAUUUUCCCAAAUAUCUGUAAGGAGAACAGUUUAUAUCAUCCUGUACUUGAUAUUCCGCAAAUGAGACCAAAGCCACAUUAUGUCAUGAUAAAGAAGGAUGCUGAAACCAAUGAAGCAAUCUAUUGUACAAAGGAACCUUUUAUUAAAGCUCGUGUUAUUGUCAUUCGUUGGCUUGUUUCUUUCUGGCUAGAGCCAAAACCACAUACAGGACCUCAUAUUCCUGGGAUGGAAGGUGAAGUCUUGCCAAAGAAUAUUCAGAGAGCAGCUGCCAGUUUGGUAUCCAGAGAAGAAAACAAAAAUGAUAACGCUGAUAAAACUGACAGAACUGCAGAACCAGAGCAGUCUCAUUCCAAUACAAGCACUCUCACAGAGCGAGAACCCAGCUCAUCCAGCCUCUGUAGUAUUGAUGAAGAGCAUCUCACAGAUAUUGAAAUAGUUCGCCGGGUUUUUUCUUCUAAAAGAAGUAAUGUAAACUUUGUCACAGAGAUAUUUCGUCAGGCAUUUUUAUUACCAAUUUGUGAAGCAGCAGCUAUGAGAAAAGUGGUAAAAGUAUAUCAAGAAUGGAUUCAGCAAGAGGAAAAACCUUUGUUCAUGCAAGAGCCUGAGGAAAUUGUAAUGACUUCUUCAGAUUUACCUUGCAUUGAAAAUGUUACUGAUCAUGAUAUUUCAGUGGAAGGAGAAAAACGAGAAGAGGAAAAUGGGACCAAUAUUGCUGAUCAUGUCCGAAAUCCCAGUUGGGCAAAAAAUGGCUCCUACCCAGAUGCUGUUCAUAAUGCCUCUGAAGAAGCCACAGAAGAAAACAUAAGAGCUGGUACCCAGGCAGUUUUGCAGGUGUUCAUUAUAAACUCAUCAAACAUAUUUCUCCUUGAACCUGCAAAUGAAAUAAAAAAUCUCCUGGAUGAGCACACAGAUAUGUGUAAACGUAUUCUUAACAUUUACCGGUACAUGGUUGUGCAGGUAUCAAUGGACAAAAAAACCUGGGAACAGAUGCUGCUUGUAUUGCUCAGAGUCACGGAAUCUGUACUGAAGAUGCCAUCACAAGCUUUUCUACAGUUCCAGGGGAAAAAAAAUAUGAACUUGGCAGGUCGACUUGCAGGACCACUUUUCCAGACUCUUAUAGUUGCCUGGAUCAAAGCAAAUCUAAACGUGUACAUCUCCCGAGAACUUUGGGAUGACUUAUUAUCGGUAUUGUCAUCACUGACCUAUUGGGAAGAGUUGGCCACUGAGUGGUCGCUGACUAUGGAGACACUAACUAAAGUUUUAGCUAGAAAUCUGUAUAGUUUGGAUCUCAGUGAUUUACCAUUGGAUAAACUGAGUGAACAAAAACAAAAAAAGCACAAGGGGAAAGGAGUUGGACAUGAAUUUCAGAAAGUUUCAGUUGACAAGUCAUUUUCCAGAGGAUGGAGUCGUGAUCAACCUGGCCAAGCCCCAAUGAGACAGAGAAGUGCAACAACCACUGGUUCCCCAGGAACUGAAAAGGCGAGGAGCAUAGUACGGCAGAAGACUGUCGCCAUGAGAAGCCGAUCCAUUGGUGAAUGUGCUCUGCCAUCGGCCUAUAUACGCAGUGCUAAAAGUGCUCCUGUUCUGAUCCAUACUUCCAAACCCUUCUUGCCUGAUAUUGUUCUCACUCCCCUUUCUGAUGAGCUUUCAGAUAUUGAUGAUGCUCAGAUACUUCCCCGCUCAACUAGAGUCAGACAUUUUUCACAAAGUGAAGACACGGGUAAUGAAGUUUUUGGGGCCUUGAAUGAGGAGCAGCCAUUGCCUCGAAGUAGCAGCACUUCUGACAUCUUGGAACCAUUCACUGUUGAACGAGCCAAAGGUGCAGUGCCUGUCAUUGACAGUUCAUCCCGUCAUGCACCAAGCUUACAGAGUUCCACAGAGGCUUCUUCAAUAACUAGAUCCACUGAAAGCCACAUCACUGAUACUCAUAGUAGAGAGUCUUCUCUGGAAGUUGGUGAUAGCAUAUAUGACCAUCUUUGUCAUUUAAUAGGUCCAGUAGAACUUGCAGAUUCAGCUUUUGAACAAAUCCAGUACAUUGACCUUGAAGGAGAUGACGAUCUUCUUUCCUCUCUGAAAGAAUAUUUUAAGGAAAACCAGGAAAAUCAUAAUAAAAAUGAGAUAGGUAAAGAUGCAGCUUCUCAGGAAGUGAUUAUUGCAGCAAAUCAGGAUGAAAGGUCAUCCUUAGAUAAAUUAGAAUAUACAGAUCAGGAAAUUAAAUCUGAAAAUGUCACAUCUUUUGUUGGGACUCCUGAAAACAUGCAGUUUCAAAAAGAACCAAGCUCAGCUGUCUUCAUGAGUAAUAUUGCAUCUAAUCAGUCAGACAGUUUUAUGAAAACACAAACUUCUGAAAAGUCUAAGCAGCUAAACAUUGACAAGCAGUCGUCGGAGCCUAGUUCAGACAGCCCUUGUGAUAAAGAGAAAAGGAAAUACUUACAUAGACAAGCAGCUACAGAUUUAGAUGCCUGUGCAGAUACAACACUAGUUGAAAAGCUUAAGGAUGUGCAAAUUAAUGAAAAAAUCACUCUCCCCCAUGUGCAUGCCAAGAAAACUACACUAAAAGCACCUGUUAACCGCAGAAUGCCUUAUGUUUCAAACACUAGCAAGCUUUCUCCAACUAAAAGAAGCUUGUCUGAAACAGUAACUCACAGGGCAAAAAUCAUGAAAAUUGCUACUAAAAAGCGAAAUAGUGUUCAUGUUACUUUUAGACCAUCUACUGAGUCAGUUCAGUUUUACAAUCCUCUGGAAAGCAAAGAGGCUCCAUGGAAGAUGAGACUGCGGAAACUCAGUGGCUUUAGCAGCAGCAGCAGCAGUAGCAGUACCAGCAACGUCCCUGCCAGUUCGAAUGCUGGCUCCGAUCUAGUAAAACCUGGCAUGUACAGGCCUCUAGAUACAAUUAGUACAGCAUCAGUAAAUACUAAAACAAUGAAGGAAUCCACAGAGAUUCCCACCACUGUAUUACAGAAAGAAGAAAUGGCAAGCAGUCAGUCAGGUAGUCGUAGUACUCCUAGACCAUCAGCUCAUGAGGCAGGACUACAGCAGGGCUCCCUGGGUGGCGUUUAUAAAACUGUUGUACAUGCUCUUUCGAAGCCGAAGGCAAAUGUUUCCCCACAGAGGCAGAACAGAAUGCCACCAGAGGCUCCACUGAGGGAUCUGUACAGUCAUGUAAUGGGCUAUUUUGGAAGGAAAGCUGCAGUCAAUAAAGAGGACAUGAGCCCCAAACUGCCUCCCCUUAAUAGUGAUAUUGGAAGCAACAGUGCUAAUGUUCCUGAUCUGAUGGAUGAGUUUAUAGCAGAACGACUUCGAAGUGGUACUGCCUCGAUCAUGACAAGAAGAGGAAGUAGUCCCGGCAGCCUCGAAAUCCCCAAAGACCUCCCGGAUGUUCUGAACAAACAGAACCAGAUGCGCCCUGUUGAUGACCCUGGCGUGCCCUCGGAGUGGACUUCUCCUGCCAGUGCUGGCAGCAGCGAUCUCAUCAGCUCCGAUAGUCACUCGGAUUCUUUCAGCGCUUUCCAGUACGAUGGCCGCAAAUUUGACAAUUUUGGCUUUGGAGCUGACACUGGGAUUGCAUCCUCUACUGAUGUGGAUUCAGGUUCUGGCCACCUUCAGAGUGCUGAAGAACAAGAAGUGGCUAGCCUAACCACACUUCAUAUAGAUUCUGAAACAAAUAGCCUUAAUCAGCAAGCUUUCUCUGCUGAAGUUGCAACUGUUACUGGUUCAGAAAGUGCAUCCCCAGUCCACUCAGCUCUGGGGUCCAGGUCGCAGACACCUUCUCCUUCCACACUGCAUAUCGACCACAUGGAACAGAAGGGUCUACAGCUUGAUGAGAAGCUCCACCACUCUGUCCUUCAGACACCAGAUGAUCUAGAAAUUAGUGAAUUUCCAUCUGAAUGUUGUAGUGUGAUGGCAGGGGGCACACUCACCGGAUGGCAUGCUGACGUUGCUACUGUCAUGUGGCGUAGAAUGCUAGGCAUUUUGGGAGAUGUCAAUGCCAUUAUGGAUCCUGAAAUACAUGCUCAAGUGUUUGAUUACCUCUGUGAACUUUGGCAGAAUCUGGCUAAGAUUAGAGAUAACCUCGGCAUUUCAACUGAUAACCUGACCUCCCCUUCUCCACCAGUUUUGAUUCCUCCACUGAGAAUUCUUACCCCUUGGCUUUUUAAGGCAACUAUGUUGACUGAUAAAUAUAAGCAAGGUAAACUACAUGCUUAUAAGCUUAUUUGUAAUACAAUGAAAAGAAGACAAGAUGUAUCUCCAAAUAGAGAUUUUCUGACACAUUUCUACAAUAUAAUGCAUUGCGGAUUACUUCAUAUUGAUCAGGAUAUUGUCAAUACAAUCAUCAAGCACUGCUCACCUCAAUUUUUUUCACUUGGUUUGCCUGGUGCCACAAUGCUUAUUAUGGAUUUUAUUGUAGCAGCUGGUAGGGUGGCUUCUUCAGCUUUUCUCAAUGCACCAAGAGUGGAAGCACAAGUUCUUCUGGGAUCUUUGGUUUGCUUUCCCAACUUAUAUUGUGAACUGCCUGCUCUCCAUCCCAACAUUCCUGAUAUUGCUGUGUCUCAGUUUACAGAUGUUAAGGAACUUACAGUCAAAACUGUAUUAAGCUCAGCAAGAGAUGAGCCCUCUGGUCCUGCACGAUGUGUAGCUCUUUGCAGUUUAGGUAUUUGGAUUUGUGAAGAACUAGUCCAUGAGUCUCAUCAUCCACAAAUUAAGGAAGCCCUGAAUGUAAUCUGUGUUUCCUUAAAGUUUACUAAUAAAACAGUAGCCCAUGUGGCUUGUAACAUGCUUCAUAUGUUGGUUCAUUAUGUACCUAGACUUCAGAUUUAUCAGCCUGAUUCUCCCUUGAAAAUUAUUCAAAUCCUAAUAGCUACUAUCACCCAUCUGUUGCCAAGUACCGAAGCUUCAUCUUAUGAAAUGGACAAGAGGUUGGUGGUAUCCUUACUUCUGUGCCUCCUGGACUGGAUCAUGGCCUUACCUCUAAAGACACUACUGCAGCCUGUCCACACAGCAGGAACAGAAAAUGAUAAAACAGAAAAAUCUGUCCUCAAUUGCAUUUAUAAGGUUUUACAUGGGUGUGUUUAUGGAGCUCAAUGUUUUAGCAAUCCAAAGUAUUUUCCAAUAAGCCUGUCUGAUUUGGCAUCUGUAGAUUAUGAUCCUUUUAUGCAUUUGGAGAGUCUGAAAGAGCCUGAACCUCUACACUCUCCUGAUUCAGAGCGGUCUUCUAAACUCCAGCCAGUAACAGAAGUGAAAACUCAAAUGCAGCAAGGAUUAAUCUCUAUAGCAGCCCGCACUGUUAUUACGCAUCUGGUGAAUCACUUGGGCCAUUAUCCAAUGAGUGGUGGUCCUGCUAUGUUAACAAGUCAGGUGUGUGAAAAUCAUGACAAUCAUUACAGUGAAAGUACUGAACUGUCUCCGGAACUUUUUGAGAGUCCAAACAUCCAGUUCUUUGUAUUGAACAAUACAACUUUAGUAUCCUGUAUCCAGAUCAGAUCAGAAGAGAGUAUGCCUGGAGGGGGUUUAUCUGCUGGCCUCGCAUCUGCCAACUCAAAUGUCAGAAUCAUAGUACGUGAUCUCUCUGGAAAAUAUUCAUGGGAUUCCGCUAUCCUGUAUGGCCCGCCUCCUGUAAGUGGCUUGUCAGAACCUACAUCUUUUAUACUUUCAUUGUCUCACCAAGAGAAGCCUGAAGAGCCUUCUGCAUCUAAUGAAUGCUUAGAAGACGUAACAGUAAAAGAUGAACUUUCUGUCCAGUUUAAACGAUUUAGAGAAACUGUCCCAACUUGGGAUACAAUAAGAGAUGAAGAAGAUGUUCUUGAUGAGCUUUUGCAGUAUUUAGGUGUUACUAGUCCUGAAUGCUUACAGAGAACUGGGAUCUCACUUAAUAUUCCUGCUCCACAACCUGUGUGCAUUUCUGAAAAACAGGAAAAUGAUGUAAUUAAUGCCAUCCUUAAGCAACAUACAGAGGAAAAAGAAUUUGUUGAGAAGCACUUUAAUGACUUAAACAUGAAAGCCAUGGAACAAGAUGAACCAAUACCUCAAAAACCUCAGUCAGCAUUUUAUUACUGCCGAUUGCUUCUUAGUAUAUUGGGAAUGAAUUCCUGGGACAAACGGAGGAGUUUUCAUCUCCUGAAGAAAAAUGAAAAGCUACUUAGAGAACUUAGAAACCUGGAUUCAAGGCAGUGCAGAGAGACACACAAAAUUGCAGUAUUUUAUGUUGCUGAAGGACAAGAAGACAAACACUCCAUUCUUACCAAUACAGGAGGAAGUCAAGCAUAUGAAGAUUUUGUAGCUGGUCUUGGUUGGGAGGUAAAUCUAACAAACCAUUGUGGUUUUAUGGGAGGACUACAGAAAAACAAAAGCACUGGAUUGACCACUCCGUAUUUUGCUACCUCUACAGUAGAAGUAAUAUUUCAUGUAUCAACAAGAAUGCCUUCUGAUUCUGAUGACUCUUUGACCAAAAAAUUGAGACAUUUAGGAAAUGAUGAAGUACAUAUUGUUUGGUCAGAGCAUACUAGAGACUACAGACGAGGGAUUAUUCCUACAGAAUUUGGUGAUGUCCUUAUUGUAAUAUAUCCAAUGAAAAAUCACAUGUUCAGUAUCCAGAUCAUGAAAAAACCAGAGGUUCCCUUCUUUGGUCCACUUUUUGAUGGUGCUAUUGUGAAUGGAAAGGUUCUACCCAUUAUGGUUAGAGCAACAGCUAUAAAUGCAAGCCGCGCUCUGAAAUCGCUGAUUCCGUUGUAUCAAAACUUCUAUGAGGAGCGAGCGCGAUACCUGCAGACAAUUGUCCAGCACCAUUUAGAACCAACAACAUUUGAAGAUUUUGCAGCACAGGUUUUUUCUCCAGCUCCCUACCAUCACUUACCAUCUGAUACUGAUCAUUAAAUAUCAGUUCUGUUUAUCUGAAGGUAAGAUGAAUUGUCAACCAAAACACCCUCCGUUCUUCCAGUUCCUGUUUUCAAAAUCAGCAGGCUCUAAGCUUGGAACUCAAACAAUAAGCAAACUUAACACUGCCCUGGUUCAUACUAAACAUGGCAGAAAUUGUCACUACAUUUUUUCCAGAUUUAUACUAACCAACCCAGGUCUGCAUGAAACACUAACAUGGUUUGGGGAUAAAAUUACUAAUAAUAGAACCCUUUGGUUGAAAUUAGUUAUACCUUGUUCUAUUGACCUUUUUUGGUUUCUCAGCAUGAAAAAACCGUAGCAGUAUUGAACUACAGUGGUGUGGCUUUGUAUUUUGUAAUGUGUUGCAUUGUUCUUGAAUAUCUUACCUCAUCAAAUGGUUAUUCUCUGUGUGCCUGUGCUAGGCACCUGAAAAACAAAGAUGACUAUUGCAGUGUUGAAGGGAAGCAGCAAAUGAGAACCUAAUAGUCUUGAAAUUAAUCAUAAUAAGCCUUCAAACCCUUUAUGUUAAUUAAAAUUUCUUUAUAUUAAGUUUAAAAGGUACAGCACUCCUUUUCUAGCCUAAUUUAUUUGAAAAAAAUUUUUUACCACAAUUCUAAAUUGAGGUUCAGUUACAAAGUUUCCCUUUCUGUCAUUAAAUUGCCAGUAGAAAAAUAUUUUUACCAGAAAACUGAAAUCCCUUUCAAUUAAUAAGGUAGAAAAGAAAGAAACAGACUAGGCUGAGUCUUUUGAAAGACUGAUAAAAAUAAAUUUGCUUUAAUGGGUUGACACUAUCUAAAAUUUCUCAUUAAUUAAAAUUAAAUUAAAAUUUGGCAUUAAGAGAAAAAUAUUAAAAAUUAAUGAACAGCAAAAUGAACAUUAAGUAUACAUAACAAUUAUAUUAUUUGAUAAUAUGAUUAAAUAUCAUACUAUUAAAACAGAUAUGAAUAACACUUUUGUGUAUCACAUAGUUAAGCCAUAAAUUUUACAAGUUAAAAGAUAAUGAUAAUAGGACCACAUUAGAAUGAACUUUUCCUUUCAGAUUUCUAAAAACUGUUCAGUUAUGGUCUGGUUGUUUGCCAGCUGGAGUCCUUCCUAAUUGUCAUCUUACUGUUCUUCUCAUGCUUUACGUAAUACCCUCCACAUGUAGCUGGGCAAACCUAUGGAGGGCAAGUAGUAUCCUUGCAUUCUGAGACGCCACAGCCAGGUCAGGGCUCUGUGGGCUUUGUUUCUAUUGUAUCCUGCUGCUUUAUUCUUCAGGUUGUUUGACAUAACACAAUUUUCUUAAUGGCAAUAAAAAUGUGAAUUUUAACAAAAACAUAUUUACUACAAAUUUUUUCAGUUGAUUUUCAAAAAUUAGCAUUACUUUUAGGAACCAUUAGAGACAUGCACUCUAAUUUUCAGAGGAAUGUUUUUAUGUAAGUAACCAUCAGCAUUGCUGAAGACAUCUCUAUACAAGUUUUCAGACCUUCCUAGUUAUGACAGAGAAUUUUUAUCAAAGUAAUUCUCAGUUUAACAAAAAAUAAAACAUUUACUUCUACAGUAGCAAAAAUGCUGUGGUAUCUGAAGCAUGAUUUUUUUUUCUUCUAAUUCUCUCACAUCUUGAUUUUCCCAUCAUAAACUAUCCCAUACUUAUGGACCUCAAAUUAUAAGUCAAAGAGGGGAAAGGGAAGUUAGGAAAUAAGCCACGUAAUAGGAGUUCGUACCUGACUUCUGGCUUGCAAAAAUGACAUGAAAGAAUGAAGUUUUUUAGGGUUUUUUUUGUUUUGUUUUUUGUUUUUUUUGGAAAGGCAGAGUUAGAGAGAAAGGUGUUCCUUCCGUUGGUUCACCCCCCAAAUGGCUGCUAUGGCCGGCGUGCUGCGCCGAUCCGAAGCCAGGAGCCAGGUGCUUCCUCCUGGUCUCCCAUGCGGGUGCAGGGUUCCAAGCACUUGGGCCAUCCUCCACUGCCCUCCUGGCCCACAGCAGAGAGCUGGACUGGAAGAGGAGCAACCAGGACAGAAUCCGGCACCCCAACUGGGACUAGAACCCGGGGUGCCAGAACCACAGGUAGAGGAUUAGCCAAAUGAGCCACGGCGCCGGCCUGGUUUUAUUUUUUAACACAAUGAUAAAAUGUUUCACUACAUUGAAGAAAUUGAUUCAUAAUUGCAAUUGAGACUCAACUUUAUAAACUACUCAUCAAUAACAGUAGCAAUAAUUUGAAAUUAUGUUUCAAAUAAAUGCCAGUAUGGAUGAUUAUAUUCUUUCUAACCAACCCUGUAACAAUUCCGUUCAGUGGAAUAGUAUAAAAUUUAAAUAGUAUAAAUAUUUUAAGUAGUAUAAAGUUUAUUUAAUUUAGUUCAAGAUGAACUAAAACCUACUUUCUGGCUACCAGUAAUGUACCAAAUGUGAAGAUAUUUAAGUCCAAAACAGGAUUUUUUAAAUGUAACUUUUAGUAUUAUUUAAACAAGAUUUUGGUAUAUUGUAGUUGAUUCAUAUAAACUUUAUAACUGUAUUUUCUCAGAAUGUACUGUCUGUGGCAGUAGAGUAAUACUCAAGGGAAAUUAUUUUUAUCCCUAAGGUCAUUGAGGGAAAUAUCGUGAUGUCACAUUUUGUUGAUCUUCUAUAACGACAUUAAAAUAUUAUUAGAUUUUUCUUGUCUUUCACAUAAAAAAAUUACAGGAAAAAAUCCCUUUAUCUUUGUCAGGCAUGUGUGUGGAACACAUCAAAAGUUUAACAGUGACUUUAACUUGUUUAUAUUUACAAAUACCUUUCCUCUAACUAUGAACUUCAGAAUGAAGUUAUGCCCCUCUUUGGCCAGAAUACAGUGGUAGUUCAAAAAUAAACUUAUUUUUCCCUGUUAUAUACAUUGUCUUUUCAACAUUGUCCUUUUUAAUAUAAAAUUGUAGAUUGCCAGCACAAAACAGGAUCUUAUUAAUUGGUUUGUAUUUCUCAAUUUCAGCAUUAAAAAUAUACCCAUAAUUUUUUUGAUAUUGUCUUUUUCAGCCCAUCAGCCAGAAAUGUUUUUGAAUGGCUGUUGUGUGGUAUAUCUAGGCUCACCUCUAAUAUUGUUAUUCUAACAGAAGUACUAGAUACCUUCCUUUGGGUUGUUUUUCUACAAAUUAGAGAUUUUUAAUUCUGUGAUAAAGGAUUGAUUGGCAUCUGAUUCUGUGUACACACAUUUCUAUUCAUACAUAUUACUUUUUGUGUUGUUUAAAAAAUAUCUUAAAGGGAUAUUAUAAAAAUAAGAUUCAAAUGUGAUUUUUGUGCCCACAAUAGAGAGAGAAUCUGCAGAGGGUGAUUAGGAAGGCCUAGAGGAGCGUCUGGUCUACCUUCAUUCCAGCUUCACUCUUGCCGGUCACAAGAUCUGUCUUGUCCUUUGUAGAAAGGAUGGGAUGUAUGAUGGUCAGUUCCAUCUUUUUUAUUCUUUGAGUAGUGUGCAUCAUCAGACUUCGGCCAUUGCUCUGGGUAAAGUUUUAUCCUGGGUCUGUUCUCUAAGUUGUUUUAAACUUUCCUCCCCUUCCCAGGCUUUAAAAUGAUCUCAAAGAAAGCAUGUUAACCCCUCAGAAGAUAGGCCUAGAAGAUUUAUGUAUUUGAAAGAGCAACAGAGAGAGAAUGAUCUUCCUUCCAUCCUCUCCUUAACUCGGCAAAUGCUCUUCCCCUCAACCCCCUGCCAAAACAGCCAAGGUUGGGCCAUGUAGGUCUCCCACAUAGGUGGCAGGAACCCAAGCACUUGUGCCAUCUUCUGUCCCCUUCAAGUAAGCAGGAAGCUAGAUCAGAAGCAGAGUAGCCAGGACACAGACCACCAUUCUGGUAUGUGAUACCUGUGUCACAGUUAGUGGCAUAACCUGCUGCACCACAACGCCAGCUUCAGAAGACAGUUAUAUUACAGAUAUCCUAGUUUUUUGUUUGUUUUGUUUUUUGUUUUUACAGGCAGAGUGGACAGUGAGAGAGAGAGAGAGAGAGAAAGGUCUUCCUUUUGCCGUUGGUUCACCCUCCAAUGGCCACCACAGCCUGCGCGCUGCGGCCAGCGCACCGCGCUGAUCCGAUGGCAGGAGCCAGGUGCUUCUCCUGGUCUCCCAUGCGGGUGCAGGGCCCAGGCACUUGGGCCAUCCUCCACUGCACUCCCUGGCCGCAGCAGAGAGCUGGCCUGAAAGAGGAGCAACCGGGACAGAAUCCGGCACCCUGACCGGGACUAGAACCCGGUGUGCCAGUGCCACAGGCAGAGGAUUAGCCUAGUGAGCCGCGGCGCUGGCCCAGAUAUCCUAGUUUUUAAGAUGCCAUUAGGAAUCAUUUUCCUUGAAUACAUAACAUAAGCUAUAAAUGUGUUAAAAAUGAGUAGAAAUUGGUGUUUUAAAACAUUAAUCACUAAGUUUGCCUGAAAUUAUAGACAAAAACAUUCUGUAAAUAGGCUCAUGUGUUACUGGCCAAGAGGCAAAUAAUAUUCAUCUUAAAUACUAUUCAUUAAACUUUUUGUGACAAUUACCCACUUAGUCUAAAUAUUCUCAUCUCUUCGUUGAUAGAUAAGUAGGAAGAGAGAGCAAGCACUCAACCUGCCAUAUUUAUAAAUUAGAAAUUGAGGAUUUUUAAGACUAUUUUUCCCAGCCUUUAAAAAAACUCUUUAUAUAAGGUUGCCAAGGUAAAAGUGUGGGCUUUGGAAUCAAAGAGAUCGGGAUUUAAAUCCUAGUUCUGCCAUUUAUUAUCCACAUGAACUCAAAUUAAUCUAUCCUACAUUAAAAUGUGGUUUCACAUUUAUAAGAAGGAGGUAAGAGAUUACAAGCUUGGCCCGAAUUUUUCUAAGUCUGUAACAGUAGCAGGUUCUUAAAUAUCAUAGAUGUGUCUAGGUGUGGACAUUUAACCUACAAGUUACGAUGCCCACAUCUCGUAACCGUGCCUAAGUUCAGACUCAGCCCCAGCUUCGGAUUCCAACUUUCUGCAAAUGCAGUCUGGAAGGCAACAGUGAUGGUUCAAGUAAUUGAGUUCCUGCCACCCACGUGGGAAACCUGGAUUGAGUUCCCAGCUCCCCGUCUCAGCUCUAGCUGCAGGCAUUGAGGAGUGAACCAGUAGAUGGGAGCACUCUGUCCUUUCUCCCAAUUUUUUCAAACUUUUUCCUUCCUCUUUCCUUCUAAUCCUAACCUAACCCUAACCUGAUUCAAAGGCUAUUAACUUUUACUCCUCUCUAUUUAACGCCUGCAUUAUGCAGCUGGACUUACUUUGUUCCAGGAUCUUUGCAUAUGGUAAGCAUUGAUCCUCACAGCAAUUUUGUGAAAUACUUGUCUCCAUUUUACAAAUAAAAAAAAUGCCACUGAUUAGUUGGCUCAAGCUCAAACAGCUAACAGGGACAGGAGUUGGACACAGCAGUUAAGUUGUCACUUGGGACACCUGCAUCCCAUAUCUGACUCCAGGGUGUAAGUCUCAACUCUGCUUUGAAUUCUAGCUUCCUGCUAAUGUGCACCCUGGGAGGCAGCAGUUGAUGGCUCAAGUGCUUGGGUCCCUGCCACUCAGAGUGGUUAUCUAGACUGAGUUCUGCCUCCUGAUUUCAGCCUGGCCCAGCUCUGCCGAUUUCAAGAAUCUGGAGAGAACCAGCAGAUGGAAGAUGUCUGUCUCCCUUUCUUUCUCUGUCUCUGCAUUUCAAAUUAAAAGUAACUUUUUAAGUUAAAAAAAAAAAAAGGUAGUAAAGUGACAUACUUGGCAUUUGAUCUAGGAGUAUGCCCACAUUCUUUUUAAUAGUUAUGAACUGGGGGUGGGCAUUUGUGGCACAGGUUAAACAACCACUUGCCACGCCAGCAUCCCAUAUCAGAGUGCCAGUUCCAGUCCUGACUAUUCUGCUUCUGAU